AUGUUCCGCAACUGUGCAAUCGAAUCUUCGUCUUCAAUUAAGGUUGAAAAUCAACAAGGACAAGAAGAUGAUCAAACAACUGAAGAAAUGGUAGAAACAAGUGAGUUUUGCUUUGAGGAAUUUAUUUUCAUCAAUUAUAUAUUUCUAAUUUAGAAGUUAUUAUAACUUUUAAACUAAAAUUAGAAAAAUUCUUUUGAUCUUCUUGGUUUUAAUGAAAAUCAAACCCAGAAUAAUGUUAAAUAGUUUUUUUUACGAAUAAAAUUCACGUUAUUUUUAGAGACAAAAUUGGGAUUUUAUUCAAUUCAUUAUUCAAAAUUUUUUUUACAGAUUCUCCGAACUUUGUUUAUGUUCCUGAGAGAAGAUUGGACCUUGAAAAUUAUUUCAACAUUUAUACAAUCAUCUCAACACACUUGCUCUUAUCAAUGCAAGAUUUGAUCAAUUGGGGAUUCCCAUUUUUCCGCAAAGGGAGUAGAGUGGCAAAUAUUCGGCCAACUGUGUACAACAAGGACAAAAAGAUUUGGCUCAAGAGAGAAGAUAAAAUGAGAAAUUGCUGUAGAUGUGACCUCGAAUUCAAAUUGAGCAAGAAUGGAAAAAAAUCACUUGGAGAAUGUGUUCAUCAUCCAUAUCGUGCAAUCUUUGAUCUUAGUGAGUUUUUUUUCACUUUUUCUUAAUCACAGCGAAAAAUUGUGUUAUUUUUUAUUUUUGUGUGGUACGGUGAGAACGAAGUGUUUGCACACACACAGAAAAAAGAAAAAAGACGCAAACCUAUUCCUUUUAUUUUUUUCGAUUUCCAUAUCUCCGUAUCGUUUAAAAUGGGGUGGUAGAAGUAGAAAAUAACAUUUUUUGACAAAAUUUUUGAUUCAACACAUGUAAAAAAAUUAUAUUUUUCCUAUUUUUUGACAUUUUUCAUUGAAACGAUUUCGCUAAUUUUUUUUCAUUUUUGUGAUGAAAAAAUAUAGUUGUUUGUCAAAAAAACGUUUUAUUAUGUUUUUUAUUUGAAUCACCUCAUAAUAUUUUUGUUGUUAAAUCUAAUUUUAAUUUCUUUCCAGGAACAUGUACACCAAUCCACCCUUGUUGUGGAAAAAAAUUUGGUGAAGCUGGAUGCAAAUCAGCCAAAUUGCACGUUUUUGACCAAUUGUUCUUGAAUGAACUGGAAAAAAUUGUUAUGACACCAUUUGAGAACGGAUUAUUCGACCCGAAAUCGCUUUCAAUUUUUGGAAUUGACUGUGAAAUGGUUUAUACAAUUGCCGGACCAGCAAUUGGAAGAAUGACAGUUGUCAAUUGGUAUGGAGAACUGGUUUUGGAUGUGAGAGUCAAUCCAAACGUAAAACUGUUGGAUGCCAACACCCAGUUUUCUGGAUUGACAUCGGAAGAUGUGAAAUCAGCUCCGGACUGUCUGAAAUCGGUUAGUUUUUAGUUAAUAAAAAAAGUGUUUUUUUCAAUCUUAUUUUUUCAGUGUCGUCAAAAAUUAUUCAAAUUAAUCAAUAGAAAUUCGAUUCUGGUUGGACAUUCUUUGGAAUGUGACUUGACGGCGCUUCGAUUGUCGCAUAUUCGAGUUGUCGACACAUCGAUUUUAUUUCAAACAACAAAACACAAACCAUCACUGAAGAAAUUGGCUCAAGAAUAUUUGGGAAAAUCAAUUCAAUCGGACAAUAAAAACAAUAUUGGACACGAUUCGGAAGAAGAUGCCAGAACAUGCAUCGAACUUCUUCAACAUUAUGUUAAGAAUAAUUUUUAA